AUGUCGGAAAAAUUUAAAUUGAUUGAUCAUGAAACUUUUGAAAAUAUACAUCAAUCCACUAGUUCUGCAACAACUCGGGUCACUAAAAUUCGGAAUGCAAAAUACAAACGUAUGACCAGUAGCAUUGGCUUUAAUUUGUUGGAAUUUGUGAAACCGAAGGCAAAUAGUAAGGGCACCAAGAAUCGCGGGAAACUGAGCAGCCCAAAGAGGGUUGUGGAUGUGCGCUCCAGACCAUCCUUUAAGAAAAAGGGAAAACAGCGUGAGAAUGGUCGCAAAAAGAAAAUAAAUCGUCUAAAGAAAUCUAUUCUAAGAUAUCGGCAAUUGAAACGAAACCAACAGCAAACGAAGGAAAUGUUGGAGGCACAACAUAAAACUGAACUUGUAGAACAAUUGCAAAAAGAAACAGAAAUAGUAAAUCAAUUACAAAGUCUUACAAUAGUUUCAGAAAACCAGCAAUCCAAAAAAUUGAGUGAAGUAUCGAAGCGGAUACAUUCUAACCGUUUUAGAGAUUAUUGUGAAAAUUGUACAACACCGAUUUUGGAAAAACACACCGAACAUUUAUUACGGGAGUUAAAUCGUUUUCAAAGAAGAGCAUAUGCCCAGAAUCAAAUAAAGGCAAAAGCUCAUCGCCGUUUCGUUGUGGGCUUUAGAGAGGUACAAAAUUUUCUAUGCAUCAGUAAAGUCAAGUUAGUGGUCAUAGCAACAGAUUGUGAACGUUGUGAAGGAGAGGUUGGUUUGGAUGAAACAAUCUCAGCCAUCAAAAAACAAUGCCAAGAUCAACAAGUUCCCAUCGUAUUUGCAUUUCAACGACGACAAUUGGCAUACAUUUUGUAUAAAAAAGCAUCAAUCAGUUGUAUAGGAAUAUUGGAUUACGAUGGUAUGCGUGAUACUUUUCAAGAAGUAAUGAUUAACUUGCAUGAAGCAAGAAAACAAUAUCAACUUUUGAUGAAACACAAUUAA